AUGCGUUGGGCCAAACACAUCGCAAUCAUGCUUUCCAUAUUCAGUCACGCGGGCUCGCUGCAGCUGAACGCUGACGACAAGAGAGGCGAUGCCGACGGCAAGGGGGCCGAGCGGACCAACGCCUCUAAUUUUCCAUUAAUCUCCCCAGUCAUCUACCCCUUCGAUCCGAAUAAUCUCGAAGAUCGCUACAUACUACCAGCCCAGCAGAACAUCGUAGACCUGGGCUACGGAGGAAGCUGUGAGCGCGGGUGGUACGACGUCCAGGGGCAGGGCAUCUGCAACGACUAUUGCAGGUGGGUUGGAAAUUGUGGAUGUGGAGGCAGCUGCUCAAGGUUCGACUGCGCGCUCGCAGGGUCGAGCAGCAUCUACACGGGAAACGACUAUGGGUGGGCGAGAGGGAGCCAAUGCCCGCAUCAGGGUGCUGAGACGAGAGUGCUUACCGUGACUGGGCAAGUCGGUCCAAGCAGCGCUAUGUUGUCCCAGUACAAUAAUGUCCGUGCAGUCCUGCACCGAAGCGAUUUCACUUUGUGGAUUUUCGCUGUCUACCAUGGGGGCUACACCAAGAUGGUUGGUGUAACCAUAGUGAACGGAGUUGAAACAGGUUCGCGAUCUGCCCGAUAUGUGUGA